AUGAGCACAUCCGCCCAGUCCGCGUAUGCGGAACCCAUCAACAUCUCGUCGAGCCUGCCCCAACCCGCGCCGCAGCUGGCGCUGCUCGACUUUUUCUUCCCCGGCUUCAGCAUCUUCACGACCGCUUUCCAGAAGUACCUCGGUAUCGACCUAAACGUAUACAUCCCCCUCGUCAUCCUCUGUGGCGGCGCGACGUUUGCCUGGCGCUACUUCAGCGAUUACUUGUGGGAAAAAGUUGAAAAGCAUCUCAUGUCUACCGUUGAGGUCCGCACCGAUGAUGAGAUAUACAACAUACUCAUGUCCUGGGUUGCCGCCCAACGCUUCGCCAAGAACUCACGUCGCUUCGUUGUCAACACCAACCUGAGCUCGCGUUCCUGGUUCCUCUGGCGCUGGGACGAUGACGAGGAGGAGAACGAUGAUGUCUCCUCCACGGACGGAUCCCCCUCUGAGUUCGGCCAGAAGAAGAAGCCCCUCGCCUACACACCCAGCUUUGGCAGCCAUUCCUUCUGGUACCGCGGUCACCUGCUGCUCUUCAAGCGGAGCCAGAACCGCGAGCAGGCCUCCUACCUGGUUGUUAGCGAGCGCGAGGAGAUUAGCCUCUCGUGCUUCGGCCGCAAUCCCUGGAUUCUCAAGGAACUUCUCCAGGAGGCCCGGGCCGAGUACCAGGAGAAGGACUCGCAAAAGACCAUGAUCUAUCGCGGCAGCACGCGCGUAGGUACCACCGAGCCCACGUGGCAGCGCUGCAUGGCCCGAACUUCCCGGCCCUUCUCGACCGUUAUACUCAACGAGAAGACGAAGAAAGACAUUGUCGACGAUGUCGCCGACUACCUGUCCCCCACGACCCGUAAGUGGUAUUCAAACCGUGGCAUCCCUUGGAGGCGCGGCUAUCUUCUUACCGGUCCUCCUGGGACCGGCAAGUCUUCGCUAUCGCUCGCGCUGGCCGGCUUCUUCAAGAUGAGGAUUUACAUUGUGAGCUUGAGCUCCAUCUCGGCCAACGAAGAGAAUCUUGCAACGCUUUUCGCCGAGCUGCCCCGGCGAUGUGUCGUUCUCCUGGAGGAUAUCGACACCGCCGGCCUUACGCACACAAGAGAGGAUGUCGGAACGAACGACACGACUGGACACAAGGAAGGAAGUGGAGAGAUGGUUCCUGGACAGCUGACUCCAGGUAACCCCGCCAAUCAGCCCAGCGGCCGUCUUUCCCUCUCGGGCCUGCUCAACAUCCUCGACGGUGUAGCCAGCCAGGAGGGCCGCGUUCUCAUCAUGACGACAAACCAUGUCGAGAAGCUCGACAAGGCCCUCAUCCGUCCCGGCCGCGUAGACCAGAUCGUCAGGUUCACCCUGGCCGACGAUGAGAUAAUCGGGGCGAUCUUCCGAGCCAUCUAUGCGCCCCUCGAGGGCGACGAGGACGACACCCCCAUGCAGCACCCGGACAAGGCACUGACUCUCGAGACCAAAACGACGCUUGCCGCGCAGGCUGCCAAGCGCACCGCCGACACCGUGGCCAACGUUGAGGCUCUGUCCAAGGCGUUUGUUGACAGGAUUCCCGCGCACGAGUUCAGCCCUGCUGAAAUACAGGGCUACCUGAUGAAGCACAAGCGGAGCGCCGAGGCGGCUGUCGCCGGAGCUGAGGACUGGGUCACGGAGACGCGCAAGGAGAAGAAGGACAAGGAGCUCAAGGCCGCCGAGGAGAAACGGCAGGCCGAGGCUAAGAAGAAGGAUGAAGAGGAGAAGAAGCGCAAGGAGGAGGCGGAGGAGGAAAAGAAGAAGCAGGAAAAGGACAGGCGGAAGGGGGAGAGAAAGAAGAAGCGCAGGAGCGAGAAGAAGAGCAGACACCAUAAGGAGGUGUCUGAUUCUUCUGAUUCGUCCGAUUCCGGUUCCGGCUCCGGGUCGGAAUCGGAAGCCCCGGUCAAGGUGACGGUGACGGCGGCGGAAGAGACGAAGAGCAGCCCAGUGGUCCCGGAUGUCAAACCCCCAAAUGGGGUGGACGAAGCCAAGCAAAAGCUAGACUCGGGGUACGGAACCCCAGUGGAGGUUUGA